AUGGUAUCCGUGAAAGACAAGUUGCGGGAAUCGACGCUGCAAUGGUUUGGGCAUGUGAGGAGGAGAGACAUAGAUGCCCCGGUCAGGAGAUGUGAGAGGUUGAACAUGGCGGGCUUAAGGAAAGGUAGGGGUAGGCCAAAGAAAUAUUGGGAAGAGGUGAUUAGGCAGGACAUGUCAGUGCUUCACCUAACCGAGGACAUGACUAGCGAUAAGAAGGUGUGGAGGUCGAGGAUUAAGGUGUUACCCAAUGCAUGUACUAAUUGGAGAUCUGAGGGAGACUUUGGAGCAGCAAGGGUGAUGCUUAGACCAGUAGCCCCUGGUACUGGAGUUAUUGCUGGUGGUGUUGUGCGGAUUGUUCUCGAAAUGGCUGGCGUUGAGAAUGCCUUGGGUAAGCAAUUUGGGAGUAACAAUGCCCUCAACAAUGCAAGAGCCACUGUUGUAGCUGUUCAACAAAUGAGGCAAUUUAGUGAAGUUGCUCAAGACCGUGGGAUUCCUAUGGAAGAACUAUGGAAAUGA